CAGACAUUAUCUCUGAGUAUAUAUUGUGGACAAAAUACAGAAUCGAACCAGUAAUAUCCGAAAUUACCGCGAUCAAACAAACAAAAAAAUACCGUUGGUUUAUUUAAUAGUGUCAAUAUAUCAGUACAUAAUUAACACGGUACGAAAUUCCUGCAUCUCGCAAUUUCUUAAACUUAUUUUUAUAAUUCAUAGAUAACUUACUGAAAUUUAUCCGUAACUAUAAACACUGAUUGUCAGCCAAGUUGGUAGUGUGAUUGGUCGAUUCGUCAAUUCAAUUAUGUUUAUAAUAAAAUUCCUUGUUACUUUAAGUUUUGUGCUCGUUUGUGACAGUGCAAGAAUAUUAGUAGUGUUUCCUCUACCUUUUCUAAGUCAUUAUAUCUCUCUCCGGCCUUUUGUCGAAGAACUAGCGAGCCGGGGACAUGAAGUGACAGUGAUCACGGCAAACCCAGCGUAUUCGAAGGGUCAUGCACCAGUUAACUACACAGAAAUCGACAUCCAUGAAGUAGCUUACACGUUCGAAGACAAUACGAUAUCUCAGGCUAAGGAACGUGGCAUACAUUCCCAAAUAAGCCAGAUCUAUCAUUUAUUCCUUCAUAUUUUUGACGUGGAACUUAAAUCGGAACCAAUCAAGCAACUACUUGGAGACAAGGAGAAGGAGUUUGAUCUGCUAAUACUGGAAGCAUGCUUGAGACCUGCUUUAUCGUUGCAACAUGUGUACAAAGUUCCUGUGAUACAGAUAAGUUCAUUUGGAUCUCUAGAAGUCAACAACUAUGUUUUUGGUUCAGUGUCCCAUCCGCUACUAUACCCAACAGUAUACCAUCAAAGACUUUACAAUUUAACUAUAUGGGAGAAGCUGGCUGAAUUAUACAAUUAUUAUUAUGUUAUGUAUUUGGAUCAUCAUUAUGAAAAAUUGGAAAAUGAAAUGUUGAAGAAACACUUUCCUGAUAUACCGCCUCUAAGUGAGUUGAGUAAUAAUGUUGAGUUGCUGUUUUUGAACGUCCAUCCGAUUUGGGAAUCCAAUCGUCCGGUGCCUCCUAAUGUGAUUUAUGUGGGAGCAUUACAUAUAAAACCACAGAAAGAGUUACCCAAAGAUUUGAAAACAUACUUUGAUUCUUCUAAAAAUGGUAUAAUUUAUAUGAGUUUUGGCACAAAUAUUGGCCCAACACAAAUUCCUGCGCAAACUAUAAGGAUUUUUUUCAAAGUAUUCUCUCAAUUGCCUUACGACGUGCUCUGGAAAUGGGACGACGAUGAAAUUUCCGGAAAGCCAAAUAAUGUAAGAAUUGGUAAAUGGUUUCCGCAAGCUGAUUUACUACGGCAUCCAAAAGUGAAACUGUUCAUAACCCAAGGAGGGUUACAUUCAACUGAAGAGGCUAUCCAUGCUGCUGUACCGCUGGUUGCUAUACCGAUGACUGGAGACCAGUGGUUCAAUGCAGAGAAAUAUGAACAUCACAAGAUCGGAGUAGGACUCAACAUACACACCAUUAAUGAGGAGAAUUUCAAGGAAGCUAUAAAUAAAGUAAUCGAGGAUAAAAGUUACCGCAACAACAUCAUAAAACUUCGUUCGAUUAUGACCGACCAGCCGCAAGCACCCCUCGAGCGUGCUGUAUGGUGGACAGAAUAUCUUCUUAGACACGGCGACGCGCGGCAACUCCGGUCUCCUGCUGCGAACAUGCCGCUGUAUCAGUAUAUAGAAUUGGAUUUAAUUUUAACUAUAUUAGUUGCGUUAUCAGUUGCAUUAGUUGUGUCUUUAGUUGCAUUUUAUAGUUUAGUUAAAGUUGUAAGUAAUAUUUUUAAAACAAAAAUUAAAACUAAUUGAGUUUA